AAGUCGAGCGCUUUAUCCCACCUGCUGCUCUUCAGCCACCGGCGAAACUCAACUUGCCUUGCCUUCCUUUGCCGGGGGACUGGGCUCCUUCUGCUGCCAUGCCAAGGUCCUUCCUGGUCAAGAAGCCUUCCAGCACCAAAGUGCCCAACUAUGGGCAACUGGAGACCCGCCACCGAGAAUCCCAUGGAUCGUCUCCAUCGUGGAGGGAGGUAGCAUCUCCUUUCCUCACUCAGGAUGCCUCCAUAUCUCCAGCGACAGGACCUUGCAAGGCAGAUAGUCCAUGGGAUCGCAGCUCGGUCAUCGCUUGCCUGUCUCCUCUGCAAAGCAUGGAGACAAAAGGGGAGCCUGGUUUGAACCCCCAAGUUGGCAUCAUGGAAGGCACAGAAGGCAAGUUUGUGGCCACUCGUCUCAGGGACCACCAGGACAACCUCACCCUGCCCCACAGGAGGACUCCCAAUGUGGGCAGCCCGGCGGAAGGAGACGCCAGCGUCCAUUUGGGGGAACCAGGGACAGCCACCGAACCCCGGAGUCCUUUUGAAUGUCCGGACUGUUGCAAGGCCUAUGGCACUUUCGGAGGCCUGUCGCGGCACAGGCAGCAGCACUGCAAGACAUUGGUGGCUGCAGCAGCCAGGAGGUAUUUCAGCUGCAAGUCCUGCGACAAGGAAUACGCCAGUUUGGGUGCCCUGAAGAUGCACAUCCGGACCCACACCUUGCCCUGCGUCUGCAAGAUCUGUGGGAAAGCCUUCUCCCGACCUUGGCUGCUACAGGGACACAUCCGGACCCACACAGGGGAGAAGCCCUACGCCUGCUCCCACUGCAGCCGUGCUUUUGCCGAUCGCUCCAACCUGCGCGCUCACCUGCAAACCCAUUCCGAGGUCAAGAAGUACCAGUGCGCCUCUUGCCUGAAGACCUUCUCCCGGAUGUCCCUGCUCUUGCGGCACGAGGAGGCCGCCUGCUGCCUUCAAACCACCUGAUCCAGCCUCUUGUGACUCUCCGUCCUUAUUUUGGAAAGGUUCGGACCUUGGAAAUGGAAGAUCUCCACCAUGAAACGUGGAAUGAUGGAGGAGAUUGCAAACCCUACCUGGGAGACUGUGGGUUCUUGACUUCCUAGCAGAUAACAGACUCCAUGGCCCAGAUAUUUUAUGCAGCAAUGUUGGGAUCUCAAAGGCUUUCGUAGCUGGAAUCAUUGAGUUGUUGUAAGUUUUUCAGGCUGUAUGGCCAUGUGGGUAGAUGUUAGCUACCUUGAGUCCACAUGGGGAGAAAGGCGAGAUAUCAAUAAAGAUAACGAUAAAUAAUAUGUACUAUUGUAC